AGACACACCAGUUUGCAGGGAACUAACUUCCGUCCUCCGUAUUUCCAUUCGCCCCCAGCAUUCCACCCCUCUGGUUCAGAUGUGAACCUUCUGGGACUUGUAGUUUCUUUAGUGCCUAGAACCUCACGCUCGAGCUGCGACUUAGGACUACACAUCCCGUCUGCCCGCGCAGUUACUGAGGGGUUGAAGGUCAAGAAGACCCCUUGCAGUUGAAGACUGAGGAAAUUCUAUCUGUUGCUGAAGUUCCAUCUGGCCUCCCGGAGUUCGUGGUUGGCUGGUAGGACCCGGCAGGGCAGGCAGGGUGCGGUAGCGUAGGUGGGUUCUAUUUAUGUGGCUCGGAGGUUCAUUUACAUCACCUGCUGACCUGCCUUCCGUGCUCCUUGGGUCUGCGUUGGCUGGGUUAGCCACAGCCAAGGAAACGCCUAGGGGUCCGUGACCUGGGCCCAGACUUGAGCCGGGGUCAUGUUUGUCCCUACCCUCGGCUCGUGGCAAAGCGGCCCCAGGCUCAUCCCCUCCGGAACGCGGGCCAGGCUCUGGGCCGCGGCACGCCGCGUCCGUCCAGCCAUACCUCAUGGCUUGGCGGAGAGGAGCUGCGUGAGCAUACCUGGAGUCCCUCGCAGAGUCCGGCGCAAGGAGUGGUCGCUGAUGGUCAGUCCUUUCGGACUGCUGCAAGCGCGGCUCCCUUGCGACAUCACCGUGAGGCCCCUGGACCCUUACCAGUACCCGAACGCUGACCGGGUGCUGGUCAGGGUAAAUGGCGUGGAGGGCGGCGACCUGGACCUUGACAGCAUCCUGGUGAGGUACGACGAGGCUCUGAAGCACAUGGCCAUCCUCUCGGAGACUAUCGACCACCACGCUUCAGUGGAGGUGAAGGUUCCAUUGAAGUUCGAUUUGAAUAUCAAGACAUCUGGAACAGGCUGUGUAAAAGUCAAGGAAUUUGAAUGUGAUGACUGUAGAAUAGAAACUGAACAAGGGAUCAGCAUUGUACAGUCAGUUAAGAGUAAAAAAUUACAUAUUCAAACAAAAGGCGGCAAAGUGAUCUGUCUGGGAACUAUUCUUGGAAAUGUAGAUAUUCGUGCAUCAGAAAAAAGUACUGUGAAUAUAAAUAAACUACAGGGGAGUUCUGUUAACAUAUCUACUGAAGAUGGUUUGCUGAAAGCUGAGUGUCUGUAUUCAGAGUCAUCAUCUCUGUCUUCCGCUGCUGGGGAUAUUACUUUGGGAAGUAUUCAUGGUGAUUUAACAGUACACAGCAAAAUGGGUAAUAUCACAAUAGAUUCAUUAAAUGGACACCUAAAUGCUUCCACACAUCAGGGUGCCAUAGAUGUUUAUGUCAGCAAAAUGGGGAAUGUGGACUUGAAAUCCCAGAAAGGCUCUGUUACAGUCAAAGUCCCAUCCUCUCUCCAAGCUCAUUUGCAACUGUCUGGAAGCAAAGUUGAUGUAAAUCCCAAAAUCACUUUACAGGAAAUGACAGAAGUUUCACAAAACAAUGGCAUAACAAUCAAUGGUCUCAUGAACCAAACGAGUGAAAAUGAAAAAUGGAUCAAGGCCAAAGCACCCAAUGGCACUGUGCAUCUCAAAAGCCAAAGCUGGUUUCAAUCCCUGAGACUAAAGGGCUCCUGAUUGUUUGAACUCUGUUAUAAAUAACAAUCACUGAACAUCAAAUCACUAAGAAAGUAUUGAUGCCACUAGACAUAGAGACAUUAGUAAUGGUAAUUUGGAAAUGAAUGCUGACUGGUGAAUGAUUUUCUAUGGUUCCAGGUUUGUGUUUGGCUGCUAUGUGACAUUUCCAGAUGAGUACAUCUCAGCAUCAAUUCAAGCUGUGAAUAAUAAUAUAUGUUACAGACUGCAAAAAGUAAGCACUGGCAAAAUGAAAGACAAACUGCAAGCAACAUUUAGCUUAUUAUAGCCUAGUAUACCAGUAUAGGAGAUUUUCAUUAUCAUUUUAAUACUGGGGCUAAAGUUGUUUUUUGUGAACUUUCUUGUUUCCAAAACCUUAAUUCUCCACUCUUGGAGCAUUCAGAUAAUAUAUAAAACUAGGCAGAACUGUCCACUAGAUUAUAUUUUUCACAAUUAAGAAAAAUCCAUCCUUUAUAAAGGAUCUUAAGGGAAAUAUUUUGGUUUUUAAUAAAGUUUGUAAAAUAUUGUAACUUAGAUUAAUUUUCUUUUUCCUUGUUAAAUUUAUUUUACAUGUUUCUUUAUCUUCUAGGUUUUUUUUUAUCUUCUAGUUUUGUAAAUUAAGAUAACAUCACACAGUUAACACUGAAUGUGCUCCAGUUAGAAGACACUUGGCAUUUUUUGAAAACCAUUAAGUUGGAGGAAACAGUGAGACACUUUUCCUUAACUUUACUCAUUCUCAUCCAGGCACUCACAUUCUGCCUCCCAUAACUAAAAAUAAAAUUUAUAGAGUUGGCCAGGAAAAGCCAGAAGGGUCACAGACACAACAGUAACUUGUCUUUGUAUCAGUUACAUAAGAUACAGAAAGAAAAUGUUACCUUAUUAUGUUCCCCCAAGCCCAUUUUACAUAGACUGCAGUUAUUAAAUGUUUUUUUUUAUUUUUAAAAAAAGUUGGCUCUCCCUAAAUAGUCUCUUAGUACUUCUCCUGAAAACUUUUAAUAUUAACUAAUUCUCUCUAAUGAAAAUUGGCUUUUUGCCCUGCACCCUACUUUUUAUAUAGCCAUUUCUGGAGCCCUCAAUAGAGAAUAAUAAGCAAAGUUAUAUCUUCUCUUCUUCAACCAACAUUUUAAAUAAGUUCUCUUAAGACAUCCUGCUCUAUUUUUCUUUAAGUAAACUGAGUGACUUUCUCCUUACUCUCACCUUUAUUGUUCAUGGUUAAUAGUUUCCUGUGAAAAGCGAUGCUUAUUUGUACUGAAAAAUAUGGAAUCCAGAUUGCUAAGGCUAUUCUUUAGGCAAUGCUCAUGUCUUCCUGCCCAGUAAAAAAAAAAAACAACAACAAAAAACCUUCCUAACACCCCAUGAAUUUAAAUUUUCUAACCUUUUCACUUGUUUCUGAUGAGAAAUUCUACUUUACUUUGAUUCCUCUGAUCAAUACCCAGAAAAAGGAUAUAUGCCUUAAAAAAGGAUAUAUCAUAGACACUCUUCUCUAUUCCAAAACGAAUGGAUUUAUUCACAUGUAGUAUUACUACUAAACUUCAAUGGUUAUGCAAUCUCAUCACUAGGGGCCCUUCCUCAUUAUGGGGGUGGGCAGAGAAUGUUUUUUUCUAUAUUUGGAUAAAUAUUAGAAUAUUACUUGUUCUGAAAUGUGAUAAAUGCAGGUAAAACACACUUUUAAAUCAUUGUAUAAAAUAAAUACAGAUCAUCUGUAAAAAUAUUAAUAUGGGAAAAUCUCAAAUGCAUUCAUUAUCUUUUUGCGUGACACAGAGAUAGACAUAGUUUAUUUUCUAGAAAAAACAUAUAUAAAACAAAACUAAGAACCAAGUUGAGAUUGGAGAUUCUGAAUUCACUAUUUGCUUCUGUGCCUUUUUUAUCUGAUUCAUUGAUAAUGAAUUCAUCAAAGUUGGUGGAUCUUUGGGAAAAGUGUGUAUUGGCUGCAAGCUACAUUGUGGAGGGAAUCUCUCUACUCAAUACUUUUUCUGUCAUGGAUUUCUUUGACAGUCUAAAGAUGACUCUUUUCCAGAUAGCAUUUUUAAAAUGUAUAAAAUAAAAUAUAUAACAUUAACAAAUAAA